AUGGACGGGCUGAAUGAGACUGGUUCAUCCCCAACCCCAAACUCCAGAUGCGCGGUUGCUCAAUCCUCAAAGGUGCUCUUCACGGACCGCUCGCCCAUCCCCGAGAGCUCUGAAAAGGUGUACAAGAUCAAGGAGGCCGCCGAGCUGGACACCCUGCUGGCCUCGACGCAACACCUGGUCGUGGACUUCUACGCCGACUGGUGUCCGCCGUGCCGCGCCAUUGCGCCGCACUUCUCCAAGCUCGCAGACCAGCACGCCCUAGCCGGCCAUUUGGCGUUUGCAAAAGUCAAUGUCGACCACGUCCAAAAGGUGGCCGGGCGCUACGGCGUCACCAGCAUGCCGACAUUCAUGUUCUUUGAAAAGGGCGUGCCCAACGGCCCCGCUGUCGAUGGCGUGCAGGGUCGCCAGUCGGUUCUUUUGACGGGUGAUGGUCGCAUCGACAAGAUUCGCGGCGCGGACCCGGUUGCUCUCCAGGCUGCUGUCCAAGCCUGGGCCAAGCCGACUGACGGUGGCGAUCGGUGA